UUCAUGGAAAUAGUAACCCAUUCUUAACUUUCCUGAAACCGCCGAGCCUGCCAUAAUGUACAUGCAUUCUUUAACAAUGUUGUGUGUUUGUUUUAAUCAGAGACGGGAAAAGAAGAGCAUGUGGCUUCUGCUCUGUAAUGAGACAGGCUGAAUUAAACCUAAAAUAAAUCAGCACACUUGUGGGUACUUAAAGUUUCUCAGCGAAGACUUUUGAGUUGCAGACAGAAGAAAUGGAUCUUGCAAAUGAAGAUGCAAUGCCCAGCACUAUGUUUGACUGGAACUAUCUUCUCUGGGAAAUUCGUUUAUUUUUAGUAGCAGCUGGCUUUUUCCUCUACUUAGGAGUGUUUCUACUGUCUCACUCGCUGUCCUCAUGGAUCAGUGUCACUUACCAUACCUUGCCAUCAAAGGAGAAAGUCUUCUGGAACAUGACAGUCACACGUGGUGUUUUUGGACUUCAAAGUUGGGUUUCUGGCUUAUGGGCCUUACUCAUAGAUCCUGUUUUUCAAGCUGACAAAGUAUAUUCACAGCAGAAAUGGAGCUGGUUUACGUGUUUAAUAGCAUCUGGAUUCUUCUUGCUUGAAAAUGUAGCCGUUCAUUUGUCUAACUUUAUUUUCAAGACAUUUGAUGCAUCUUGUAGUGCAUCAUUUUUUUGCCUUUGGUGGCUUUCUUGGUCUGAUACUAAUACUGAGUCUGGACACUACCUACCCUUGAUGGGCAUGCUACUUGAGAUGAGUACUCCAACCACCUGCAUCUCCUGGCUGCUUUUAAAGGCUGGCUAUUCUCAUACCAUUUUCUGGAAGGCAAACCAGUGGCUCAUGAUCCAUCUGUUUCACUGCCGUAUGAUGCUUACUUAUCACAUGUGGUGGGUGUGUAUUUCCAAUUGGAAUGAUGUGGUGGAAAACCUUGGACUUCUGUAUUUUAUCAUUUUAUUCCUGGGAUUAGCUUCUGUGUCAAUAAUUCUUAACCCAUACUGGACGUACAAAAAGACUAUGCAGGUUGUCAAUCCAACUGACUGGAACUUUUCACACGCAGAAGUGAAAAAUGGACAGUCUGGAAAGCUGAAUGGUGAAACAAUCCAAAAGAAGAGAAUAUAAUACUGAAACAGCUGGCUGUAAACAUAGAAGCAAUAUAAGACCAGAAGAAUAUAACGCACAUUUUUAAUGAGUCCAAAGAAACACAAUUACUUGCAAGAAAUCAGAGUACAUAUUGAUUCAUCCUUAACUUGCCAUCAGAAUUCUAUACUCUUGUUUCAAAAGUUUUAAAAAGUAUAGCUUUUUAAAAAAUAACAC